AUGGAGCGCUUGAUGGCAGUGCCACCGACGCUCCGGACGGACAUCGUCAUGGGCCUGCACCUGGGCAGCAGCGGAGCGUCCUCUGCGGCGUCCACGGCCACGCCCGCACCGCAGGCUUCGCCUGCGCUGCCGCAGCGCUCGCCUGGAGCACCCGCGCGGUAUCCGCCCAGAGGCGGUCAGCAGUUCUCGCCUCGUGGAGCGCCGCCCUCGGCGGCGGCGGCGUCGCUGCUGGAGGCG